AUAUGCAGCUUGUUGCUGUUGUUUGUGAGUGCAGACACUUUACACAGCCCCAGCUGAAACCCACAACCCGGACAGCCACUCUGCCACCAACCAUGAGAGAGUUCAAGAGCAAAGAAUUCUGGAGGGCCGUUCUGGCCGAACUGGUUGGCAUGACCUUUUUCAUUUUCCUCAGCAUCGGUGCAGCCAUUGGGAACAUGAACAACACUCACCCAGACCAGGAGGUGAAGGUGUCGCUGGCCUUUGGACUGGCUAUCGCCACUCUGGCCCAGAGUUUAGGGCACAUCAGUGGAGCCCACCUGAAUCCCGCAGUUACCCUCGGGAUGCUUGCCAGCUGCCAGAUCAGCGUGUUCAAGGCCGUCAUGUACAUAGUGGCACAGAUGCUGGGUUCAGCCCUGGCCAGUGGCAUUUUGUAUGGAGUGCGUCCAAGUGCCAGUACAGCACUGGGGCUCAACGCUCUCAACGGUGUCACUCCCAGCCAAGGCGUUGGCAUCGAGCUCCUGGCAACCUUCCAGCUGGUGCUGUGUGUCAUUGCAGUCACUGAUAAAAGGCGGCGUGAUGUCACCGGCUCAGCACCGUUGGCCAUUGGCCUCUCUGUCUGCCUGGGACACUUGACAGCUAUCAGCUUUACAGGCUGCGGCAUCAACCCCGCUCGUUCUUUCGGUCCAGCUUUGAUCCUGAACAAUUUUGAAAACCACUGGGUGUACUGGGUGGGGCCAAUGUGCGGUGGUGUAGCAGCAGCUCUCAUCUACGACUUCCUGCUCUCCCCCAAAUUUGAUGACUUCCCCGAGCGCAUGAAGGUCCUGGUCAGCGGCCCAGUGGGCGACUAUGAGGUCAACGGAGGCAACGACACUACAAAUGUGGAGAUGACGUCAAAGUAGCACUGUGCAGACACAAUCACUUAGUGCCAUUGUACAUGUCUAUACUCCUGUAAAAAAAAAAAAAACUUUUGAAUUUAGAGUAGGAUGUUUUUGUGUUCCUGUUGAAAUACCAAUGAGGACUGUGGUCACGGGUCAGUUAGUGUCUCAUUCUAAUUCACUCCAUUGUUUGACCCCCCGCACACAAUUUCUGUCCAAACUGACACUCAAACAUAUAAGUCAAGGUUGUGAAAAUCUUGACAGAGCAGUGUGUUCUGAAUUUAUUUCCCAUAUCAGUAUUCUAUGUUGAGCCAUUUUUUUGUAAACAUAUUUCUAUGUGCUUGUAUCACUUUUUAUCUCUGAUGGAUAAUGUAUUGUGUGUACACUCUUGAAAUGUCUUUCAGUUUUUUAAGUAAAUAAAACACUUGUUGUUAA